AUGGACUCCACUUUGUACAGCUAUGAUGAUUACUAUGACUUUACCUUGGACAGCUACUAUAAUGAUUACUAUGAGGAUGAAUUCCUUGACUCAACCCCGUACACCUAUGAUUAUGACUACGAUGAACUCUGCAACAAAACAGGUGUCAUCCAGUUUGGAGCGAUCUUCACUCCAGUGUUUUUCUCCAUUGUGGUGAUCCUCAGCAUCUUUAGCAACAUCCUGGUCCUCGUGGUGCUGGUCAAGUUUGAGAAUUUGAAAUCCCUCAUCAACACCUUCAUCCUGAAUCUGGCUGUAUCAGAUCUCUUCUUCACAGCUUCUCUGCCCUUCUGGGCUGACUACAACAUGCACGGAUGGACCUUAGGGGAGCAUGCAUGCAAAAUAGUGAACUUUAUCUUCUGCCUUGGAUUCUACAGCAGCGGUAUCCUCCUCAUCCUGAUGACUGCUCACUGUUAUGGAUCCAUUCUAAAGCCUCUGUCUGACAUUAUUUCAACUGCAGGUUUUUACAGUAUUGAAGCAUCUGUGAUCAUUUGGGUAGUUAGCAUCCUGGUUUCCAGUCUAGCCUUCGCUGCCAGCAAAGUUGCAGAGUCAAAGUACUGUGUAUAUGCAGAUUCUUUUGGAGCUUGUGGGGAAUCUACCAGCAAAACGUCCUCUUUAUAAUUACCUCAGUGGUAUUCACGUUGUGCUGCACUCAUAUUAUGUGCAGGUUGCUUCAUCCUGUGCAAAGAAGACGAAACAAAACUUUGAAACUAAUUUUUAUUCUCAUGGUUGUUUUCCUUGUAGGAUGGGUACCUUACAAUGUAGUGAUAUUUCUGCAGUCAUUUUCCUACUGGCCGAGAGAAAGUGACUCAUUAGA